AUGGUUCCAUCGGCUUACUGUCCGAUGGGCUCUCCAUCUCUUCUCAACGGAGACUUCUAUGAGAAUUUAGUUCAUCUCAAAGAUUUCUCAUGGAGUCCAAUGUUGGCAGCUGUUACUCAAAACCAAACUUCUUCACGUGAAGGUUCUGUCAUCGAUUUUGUUGAACAGACUCUUCCAGAGUCUGCAAUUUCCGCUAUCAUUGUUCUACUCUACGUUAUUAUCUUUGAAAGGAUCAUCAACAAGUGCGUCUCUUUCUUAAAAGUUACAAGAAAAAUGAAAAUUGCUGCAAGUGUGUCUCUCGCUUUCACCUUGAUAUCGUUCACAAUCUCAGUGGUCUGUUUCCGAAUGUCACCAAAUAUUCUCCCGCUCUUCUCUCUUAUGAUCAUCUACACCCAUUUUUUCAUUAUCGCAUUUGCCUUUUUUGAUCAUUGCGACAAGUCUAUUAAAGCAGUAUGGAAAAUUACCAACUUCCAAUUUCAAUGCUCGAAAAUCGUGAUUGUCAUCAUUGAAAUUCUUCUCUUCUUCUUCGCUCCAACAUACCGCCCAGAACCAGGACACUGUCCUCUUCAUAUUACACGUAUGACCAUGGAAUUCUUCUUCUACGCGACAAUCAUCUAUUCCCUCCUGACUUAUAUGAUAAUCAUAGAAGCGUGGACAAGCUUGACUGCCGAUGAGUUCACUCUAAAAGAGAAUAAAGAAAUCAUUGGAAAAAUUGUGAAGAAGAAGGAUUUUGGAUGGAUCACAUACACUGAUGAGGUGAAACCAUUGGCCUAA